GUCCCCCCGGCGCCGGGUGGCGAUGUCAUCCGCGAUGGCGCCUCGGUGCUCCCCACGGGCAGGAAUAUCCAUGCCCUGGACCCCUAUCGAGUGCCGAGCGCCACCGCCUUGGCGCGUGGGCUGCAGGCCGCGGAGAAGUCUAUCGAGCAGUAUCAGCGCGACAACGAUGGCAGGUAUCCCGAAACUUUGGCGGUCAACCUGUGGGGCCUCGAGGCCAUUAAGACCCGUGGCGAGUCCGUUGCGGUAGUUCUUGGCCUCGUGGGUGCACGGCCGGUGGCCGAGGCCACCGGCCGCGUAGCCCGCUAUGAGCUCAUACCACUGGAGGAGCUCGGACGUCCUCGUGUGGACGCACUUUGCUCGUUGAGUGGUAUCUUCCGGGACUCCUUCGCAAACAUCGUG